GCUUCUUUGUUUUGUUUUUUUUUCUACGUACACACGGCAAAAGGUUCUUGACUUGUUCAACUGUUUCGUUACUUGGUCUGUCUUCUUAAUUUGUGGAAUUAUAGAUAAUCAUGAAGGAAAUAUAGAAGAGUGAUUGAUAUCGUUCUGGGUAUCGGACAAUAAUCCCAUGGACUGCUCCCAGACAGGGUUUGAUUGAUCCAUUAUUAUUACCGAUACAUUCUGCCAAAGCACCUGCUAGCUAUAUGUCCCUGUGCUCCUUACAAAUGGCGCUCUCAUAGUAGAUAUUUAAUGUUUACGCCCAUAAAUAAUUAUUUGUUUUGAAAUAAUAAUUUUGUUCAACGACUUCGCGAACUCAACGACAUCACGACGGCCGGUAAGGCCGUGAGCUCGAUAAUAUUGUGGUGUUCAACAACGUCGUUGUUUUCCGGCGAGGAAAAUAUAUGGCGUAAGUUUUUAAUAUAUACAUGUAAAAUAAAUUUUAUUUCAGUUAUUAAAACUGUAAUUACUACCUUUAUUAUAUAAAGGUAGUAAUUACAGUUUUAAUAACUGAAAUAAAAUUUAUUUUACAUGUAUAUAUUAAAAACUUACGCCUAAUAAAGGUAGUAAUUACAGUUUUAAUAACUGAAAUAAAAUUUAUUUUACAUGUAUAUAUUAAAAACUCACGCCAUAUAUAUAUAUAUAUAUAUAUAUAUAUAUAUAUAUAUAUAUAUAUAGAAAACGUUUGAAACGGCUCAAACCGGUCGAACUCCGAUCAAACCAUUAAACCUUAAACCCCUAACUUAACCGGCUGAAUAACUUAACACAUGAAAUCGUCUUAAUUAUGGGAAGAUUACGUAUUAACGCGUGUGAGAAUUCAUUACAGAUAGGUGAGUUUUUGUGUUUCCCUUUCUUUUAGCUGGCCUAGCUUGAUCUCCAUAAAUGGAAAAAAAAUGGUUCUUCAUUGCGAAGAGAGACAGAGAGUGAGGGAUGGGUUAGAAAACGCGGAUUUGAUUAAGGUGGUACGCCACCCCGCGACUCUGGCGUUUGUGGGAGGGCAUGACUGGCUACAGGAAGGAGAGUUCUAUAUGUUUGCAGCUCUAUUUUUUUGGGCUUUAUAGUAGGAUAAUAAUGAAGGGGGUUUGUUUUUUAAAUAUUGAAUAGAAGAAAAAUUGAUCCACCAACUCACAACUAAGAUCCUUAAACGGUCCUCAGACAUGCAAUAAAAUACAAAACAGCUGAACCGACUCAAAUCAGUGCUAAACCAGAUUAGCAGGAUGUACAAUUAGAUCAAAAUGUGAGAGCAGCUACAACGUAAUUAAGGAAUGUACAUUUUUGUAGUUAACAAAUGAAUGUGGGCCCCCCACUCUCUCUCUCUCUCUCUCUCUCUCUCUCUCUCUCUCUCUUGUCAAUUCUCAAUUUGUCAGAUUUUUUUAUUUGAGAUUUCCCCCUCCCUCCUCUGUUUUGGGUUUGCUGGCGCUUUUGGCCUCCUCAAAGUAGAACCAGUUUGGUUGGUUGUUUUUGGCUCUGAAAUCUCGCCUUCUGUCCUCCAAAUCAUUUCUUCCCUAUCUCUUUUAUUUAAUUAUUAUUAUAUAAUAAUUAGUUGUCGUGUGUUCCCUGCAGUCUUCAUUUUGGGGUUUAUAUAUAAGCAAUUAUAAAUGUAUGAGAAAGCAGAUGAUGGAUCCCAGUAGUAUAUAUUUCACCAUCCCUGUGAGCCAACUCCCUUCUUCUCCUUCUGUGAAGAAGCCAAGCCCUUUGACAAUCUAGGAUGAAGAGCACCAAUUGCAACAGUAGUAGUCCAUCUUCCUCCUCCUCGCCUUUUCCUUCUCCCACAUCUGUUAUUCCCUCGCCAACCAGGGGACGACUAGGAAUCAACCCAGAUUCGCGGCUGAUUUCCAACAACAACAACAACAACAACAGUAAGCCGAAGCCGCCCAAGAUCCGCAUCAUCCACAUAUUUGCGCCGGAGAUCAUCAAGACCGACGCAGCCAACUUCAGGGAGCUCGUCCAGCGCCUCACCGGCAAACCCAACCACCCACGCCCGCCUACCCGAAAAAGCAGCAGCAACAAUCACAACAACAACAAGCUCCCGCUGCCAACGCAGACGCCCCUUCUACCGCCGCUGACGAUAGAGUGCGACGACGGGGAGGAGGCAAGGGCGGGGAGUCAGUAUUCGAGUGGUUACAGCGACGGCAACAACGACGACAACUCCUCCUCCUCCUUGCUGUUUGGUGGCGCCGGAGGGUUUGGGUUCGAGUUUCUGGGCAAGGAGAGUAGUACUACUACUGGGUCUGGGUCUGGGAAGAUAGUGAAGGAGGAAAAUGAAAUGCUCUGGAUUAACAGCCAUGACCGCAAUUACAGCAUUAGCAGCGCCAAGAAUGUAGGUGGGACGUAUUUUGGGGAGCUGGACGAUGGCUUCAUUCAGGAGCUUGCAGAUUUCCCAGUGCUGGACCAAAAUCAUCAUCAUCAUCAACAAAAUUACAGCCGCCAUCAAUAUCUUAAUCAUCAUCAUCUCCAUGGGUUCGCCUCAGAACCUACACACUUCGCCUGAAUCAUCAUCUUCGCCUGAAUCAUCAUCUCAUGACUGGUUGAAUAUAUAUAAUUAUAUAUAUAGUUUGAUCUAUAUAUUAACGACAGUUUAAUUCAUUGUUGUUUUUUCUCUUUUCCCCUUGCCUCUGUUUAUCUUUUUUUUCCAAAAACCAUUGGACAUUCUUCUAAAUUAAUAUAAGCUGCUGAAUCUCUGAGCUCUCUCCAUCUGGAUAUAGGUGGCCGUACGCGAUACUGACGGUACGUAGAUGAUAGCUAUAUAGCUAGCUAGCUAGCUGAUUAACUGCGAUGGAUGGAUUAUGGAUAUAGAUCAUAUAUGUAAUUUCAUUCAUUUGUUGUUUUAUGAUACUACGUGCCCAUUAAUUUGUUUUCUUGUGUGUAGCUAACUAGUAACUAGUUAGUUUGGUGAGAAAAAAAGGCCGUCUCUGUUUGAUGAUAUGCAUGUCUUGCUCUCUCUGCAUAAUUACCAGUGUUUGGCCGACCAAACAGCACGACACAUGAGAAUUAAUUAAUCCUCUCUCUCUGCAUCAAUCUUUGCAUAUGUUAAUAUUUGAUUACCUAUAAGAUGAAUUUACUUAACUUGCAAGUAUACAAUAGAUUGCUACUUAUUCUAUACCAUUAUUUAAUUUAUUGGGAGGGCUAGUAAAUUAAUUGUCCAAUAAUUCAUCAAAUUAUUUUAUCUUUUAUAUCUUCUGAUUUACAUCUAGUACUCUCUCCCUGCAGACACCCCUGAGUUUACAUUUCCUUUCUUCUUUGGGUGCUCGCACAGGGCAGGAUUUAGGAUGAUGAUGAUGAUGAGAAAUGACUCUUAUAAGAAGUUGACUAUUAGUAUGAUUAAAUAAGCCCAUAUGGAGCGGGGAGAGACGGGCGACACUAAUCCUCCACGUUUAAGUACUCCACCAACCGGAGAAUCGCAAGUCAACCUUUGCCCCUUACCCUCCUUUAUUAUUAUUUUAUUAUUAUAUUGUAGCAAUCCUGUACAUAUGUUAGACAAUAAGCUAAACAUGAAAUAACACGACAUUUACGUGGUAUAUUCAAUGAUUAUCGUUGAGACUAAUUCAUGAACAAGGGAAAAUCUUUUGAAGUCGAUUGUAUUACGUAACACUCAAUCUUUAGGUUUACAAUACGGGUUAAGCAAUACAUAUAUACUACUACAAACCACAGGCUACUGUCACACACGAGCUGCACAAGCUGGUGAGGUUCAACCCUCAACCACUAUGAAGAGUGUGGAGCAUUCUAGUCCUAGAAGACCCGAGAAGCUUAUGUAAGAGCAUGAAGGAUAUGGGGCCUUGUAGAUAUUUUCAAGAGAAUUCUAGAAUGUAGAUAUUUAUGUAGAGAACUUUAGAUGGAAGAUCAUGGUCGUAGGAUUAGAUUAAUAUAAUCUUAGCCGUCCA